UUUUACUUUUUUUUCCACACAUUUCUUUACGAACUCCACAUUUGGGUUUGAGUCUAUGCACCAGUGAGACGCAGUCGAAGGAUGGACGCGGCAAACGCUGAGGAUGAGGCCAACUGGCAAGAUGGGGAGCAAAAUAUUGUUGAUUUCUUGCACGACACAUUUGAAGCGUUGCCAGAGGAUGAUGGCGAUUCGGCGGCAGGGGAUGGAGUCGAAGCCAAUCCCGAGUUGGAAGAGCAUGUUAAUCGGCCAUUCCCAAUCAAUCAGGAACUCCGACACCGGCCCAGGAAUCACCUGUUGGCGCCAUACUUCUGCAACCUGUGCCGCGAUUAUGUCCGUGGAGGGGUAAUCACCAUUUGUGGGCAUUUAUUCUGCUGGACCUGUUUGUGGGCCGAUCUGCACAAUCGUGUGAUGCCGCGUUGUCCGCGCUGCAUGCGACGCCUGCUCCUUCACGAGGACAUUAUGCCGUUCCUGGGCGAGGGACCCAAUGCCGGACCGGACGAUGCAAAUAUUGUAGCUCAGCCAGGUGACGUGCCACGCCCGUCUGGCCUGUAUCUAGAACACCAGCAAUAUCCGAUGUGGUUCGCCGUGCACACCUACGAGGAGCUGCAUUUUGCCGGCGCCAACGGGGGCGAGCGGAAUCUCUCGGUGAUCGUGCAGCGCAUGCAUCAGGACUAUCAGCGCCCCAUGGACUGGGUCAAGUUUCUACAGUGGUUUCAGUUGGGCUGUGCCCUCGGCAUCUUUUAUCUAUGGCUGUACAUAAUGUCCUUUUCAGAUUAGUUUUCGUAUAAUUCCUAUGUAGAUGUGUGUACUCGCAUGUGGAUAAAUGGGCAGUGCCAUGAAUAGUUACAAAUUGUUGUGAGGUUUUUAGUUGUUGCACGAGUGCUCUCAAUAAAUU